AUUUGCUCACAGAAUCAGCUUUAUUGACCAGGAAUGGAAACAACACGCAAGGAAUUGGAAUUUGUCUCCGCUCGUUGCCUCAGACAAGCAAAAUUCAUUACAAAUAAUCAAAAAAAAGUUUUAUUGAUAAAUAAUAUAAUUUUUAAUAUAUAUUAUUAUAACAUCAACGAUCAAAUUGAACGUUAUUUUCAUCCAGUGUCGCGUUACACGCUUGGACCAUUUGCAGUCCGCCCGCGUCACCGCUAGAGAGAGCCCGCGUGCCACAGUGUUGACGACUUUAGCCUAGUGGCUCACACAUCUGCCUGACAGUCAAGAGUUGGCGGGUUUGAAUCCGCGCGCCUUGACGUCGUCCGGGAUCCCCGGAGUAGAAAAGGGCCAGGCCCCCGCCUGAAAAUCUCAUCCAUCGUGCAAAUGGAACAGGACACGUCCGUCCGUCCAUUUUGCGCCUCGCUUCUCCUCAGGCGGGUCCCACCCCAGAAGUGGUCGCCGGCCAGCCUGCGACGCGACUGGCCCCUUUCGGUCCAAGAGGUCGCCUCGCGAUUCUUUUCAGCUUACGACGGAAUUGUGAUCGCCGCCCCCGUGAAAGACGUGCGACGUCUCACUUCUCCUUUUUUCAGAAAUGCGCCUCGGUCUUCCGGCAAAGAGCAACGGAAGGUCAAGGCAGCGAGAGGUCGGCGUGAAAGGAAAGGACCACGCUUGGCAUUUGUCGAACGUGGACGCGGUCGAGCUGCUCCGCCCUCAAACGUACAAAGUCGUGCUAACAGCUUCUUUUCCUGUCGUGGGUCGGCGAUGACGCUCGGACGACUGCUUUGGUGCGCCGCGGUGAUGGCGGCGGCCUCCCCAAGCGAGGCCGCCGCCGACGAAGCCUGUCAGAAAGACGACUUGAUCAGCAACUUGCAACGGUGGAGUUCCUCAGAUAACUUCUCCGUAUCCUUCCGAGAGGAGGAAGACUUCGACUGCCGGCUCUCCCCGGCAAACGUGCUCAACUGCUCGUGGGAUCUCGCCGCUUUGCCGGCGGGGGCUCGGCUUUCCGUUUCCAUCAGGUGCGGCCUCGCCGUCGGCGUCGCGGGGCCCGGCCCGUUGUCCGAACGAACGUUCACCGGCGGUGACCCCCGCGCCCUGUGGCUUCUGUUCUUGCGGAACCGAACCGGCAGCAUUUGCCACCACGACGGCUCAGUUGGCCCGCUUCACCUGAAAUCCGAAGAGCGUUUCGGAUCGGCGUCCGUCACGCUGGGGGAUGAGGAGCUGCUGCACGUCAUUAUCCUGUUCAACGCGUCCCUGCGCCAGGAUUGGUCCGCCUUAGGCUACGGGUACGAGGUGGAAACGAUGGAGGUUCUGCCGUCGCCCGCAAACGUCCGCGCUCGGCUGAAAGACGCCGACCUGGUGGUGACCUGGGAUGCGCCGCUCGCUCGUACCAGCCACGACCCCGGCUGCUUCCAGUACCAGCUGGUCGUGGGACGGCAGGUCCGCCGCAAACGCGCAGCCCAAUGUCCUUCUGCAAACAAAAGCCGACUGUUGCGUGAGGGCCCGCCGUUUGUGGGUCAUCAGGAGGAGCGGACAUUCGAGGGCGUCCGGCUGUCUUGCACCAUCUCCGGCGUGGACCCGGCGGCCGACUUGAGCGUGAAGCUCAGGGUCCGGACAACGUCGCAUUGCUUGGGCUCGAGCUCGUGGAGCGGGUGGAGCCGCAGCGCCGCGACAGAAAUCUCACUCGAUGGGCUCAACGUGACGUGGACGGUCUGGAUUGCGCUGGGAGUCCCGGUGGUCCUGGUCACUCUGUUCUGCCUCCUGCGCGUCCACCGUCUCAGGGUGACACAAGUUCUGUAUCCCACAAUUCCUCGCCCCCCAUUAAAGUAUAAAUAUUUCCUGGAAGAAAACGUAAGUCGGUGCACACAAGCAAUCACCCGCACAUCAAAUGGCUUCACAAAAAUCUCACCGAUUUUCCCAGUUUUAUCAGACCGCGCCGUCGGCGAAGUCCGAGGAGGAGAUCGCGAUGGCGGAGGACGCCGGGAAUCCCUUUCAAAAGUCUUCUUCCAUGCAGCAGUCAAACGAGUCCAACGACAUUUCUCAGGGAUUCUACACUGUAGCUAGUCUGUAGUCUGGUUCUGCGGAGGCAGGCCGAGCGUCUCACGCGUUUCCAGAUAAACAUUUUGCCUUUUUUUGGUCUGGGUCUUAAUCACAAAAAAGUCUCAAAGGGCUUCGCGGAGACCGACGACAUCCCAUCUUGAAAAGAAAACAUUUCUUCAGCUCAACCCUUCCUUCCACGAGGGAGCGCGACUCCCGAAGACAUCGUUUCUCGCCCCUCCCGAACGCACCAAGACGUCUUUGACGGCGAAAAUCGCUCGGGCCAAACGCGGGCAGUUCACCGACGUGUCGC